AACUCCCCUUCACGGACCGACCCAGCGCGCCUCUCGGUCGCUUAGCAAUGCUCUAUAGCCCCGCCCCUCUCCGGGGCUGCCCUCGCGGGAUUACAGCCGCCUCCGAGGCGACCAGCGAUGAAAAGUAAUUGGAAAGCGGCCGAAGGCGGGUGUCUCACAACUGGCUGUAGGGUCAGCCCGACUGAGGGAGCGUGUGUGAUUGGAGAACCAUAACGUGCAGCAGUGAUUGGCAAGCCUGUGGACCAAUGGAAAGAAUGCAAAGCUGUGUUCAAGGGGCAAUCGGGGAGGCUGUCCCCUUUCUAACGGACAUCCCUCCGUCAGUCGGCCCUGCAGGACCGUCCCGCCCGGUCACCUGCUUCCGUCCUGCUGCAGGAGCAGCUGGUUGCGCCAAGUGCCAGGCCUGGGCCCCUGGCCAGGUGGCGGGAUCAAAACAAGCUAUUUCGGGCCAGGCGCGCGGCCCCCCCGGGGCCAACCAGUUGAGAGAACAUCCACGGUCCCUGGCGGCUGCUCACCUGGCAGACCCCGCUCCUCUGUGCAUCCGAGGCUGAGUCAGAGGCACAGAAUUAGGCCCCGCAUGCCCGGGACUGGGCUGAUGGAAAUGGUCUGCCCUGUGUCCUUCUGACAGUUUGGCUGGUCCGCCGCAUUCUCUGUACCCACGGUUCUGCGUCAUCCCCAGAGCUGCCUGCGGGGCGGGGGUGGACUAAAGGGACUGGGAGCUCUGCAGAGGGCUUCUCGAGCCCUGGGUCCCCAAUUCCGGCCAGGCUCCGCCUCCUCAGCCUUAGUUUCCCUUCGGGGAAACUGGAGAAUCUUGAUACCUCUCUGGCAUCCAGCAGGAGCUUAAUAAAUGGCCAAGUCAUUGUUGGCUUUCUAAAUAAGGCUCUGUUAGUGGCUGGGCCUGGCCGCAGUCCGAGUGUCCCCGGGCGGCCCGCGGAGGGGCGGACGCAGGGCGCACUAUAAAGCAGCGGGGGGCGCACCAGGGACGCGACAGCGCAGGAGGAGCAGGAUGGAGAUCCCCGUGCCUGUGCAGCCGUCCUGGCUGCGCCGCGCCUCCGCCCCGUUGCCCGGGCUUUCGGCUCCUGGGCGCCUCUUCGACCAGCGCUUCGGCGAGGGGCUCCUGGAGGCUGAGCUCGCCGCACUCUGCCCCACCACGCUGGCGCCCUACUACCUGCGCGCACCCAGCGUGGCGCUGCCGGCCGCCCAGGUGCCCACCGACCCCGGGCAUUUCUCGGUGCUGCUGGAUGUGAAGCACUUCUCUCCAGAGGAAAUCACCGUCAAGGUGGUUGGUGAACACGUGGAGGUGCACGCUCGCCAUGAGGAGCGCCCGGAUGAGCACGGAUUCGUGGCUCGAGAGUUCCACCGCCGCUAUCGUUUGCCGCCCGGUGUGGACCCUGCCGCCGUGACAUCAGCGUUGUCCCCUGAGGGCGUUCUGUCCAUCCAGGCCGCGCCCGUGCCGGCGCAGGCCCCACAGCCGCAACCACAGGCUGCCGCCAAGUUGGGGUCUGGGCACACCUGAAGCCCGGGAACCGCUCAGGCACCUCUUUUAAAGCCGACCUGACUCCGCCCAGCCAGAUAUGCCGAGCUCGCCAAGACCCCCCACACCCCCCCACACCCAUCUGGGAUCCAGCCCAGAUCCUUCCAAGCUAGACUCAGCCCUGAUCUCUCACACACCCUCGUUUUCAAACCCCAACACCUUCCUAGCUUCCAGAGCCUACAAGCCCAUCCCCACUAACCCAUUUCUUACCUUGUAAACCCACUCAAAACCUAUUUCCUUCUCAUUAUAAAAUAAUCACUGACACCAGAUUAUGAUAUAGACAGCCCUGUUCCCACCAUAGGCCAAUCAAGCAUAACCCCCUCCCCCCUCCCCACAAAGUCCCAGACUCCGCAGACUUCCCACACUAGAUCACCCAAGCCUGGUCUUUCCCUCAUUCUCCCCCCAUUCUCAUCUUCUGACUUGAAAUUCUCAGCCAGCCACCUUCAGUCUCUUAAAUCCCUUUUCUGACCCCCGCCCUUGGAAAACCUAUUCUAGGCCAACCAAGACCCUCAAAAUAUAGAUAUCCUGCUCAUUUCCCCAGGCUCUGCAUAAUAUCCUAACCCUCAUCUCCAACUUUACCAAGGGCACCCCAGUCACUUUGUCUUGACCCCUAAGUCUCUAACCACAGGCAAUCCACUUCCCAAACUCCACCCUUAUUCUCCAAGAUCCAGCCUGCAGCCACUUUCUUUGGUUUUGAUUCCCCACAAUUUUUCUCCCUCCCUGAAUUCCUUGCUGCCCUAUCCCCUCACUCCUCAAUAAAUGUGCUAGAGCCGUG